UCCGAGCUCACAUGCAGACAAUUUAUAGAACCCCUUCCACUGCCUCAUCCCACACACCCUGUGUAAAAACCUGUGUUUCUCUUUCUAUCUCUCUGCAAUGGCGACAAGCAGAAGAAAGAUCAUUCGAAGCGCAGUUUCAGUCGACAUAGGCUGCAGCUGCAGAAAACCAAAGCUCUUCAACAUAUUCAAUCCAAAAGCAAAGCUGAAAAGCCCCACAAGCCAAAGGCACAAACGCUCCCUCUCUUCUUCAAGCUUAUGGGAGAAAGAGAACACCACCACCACCAGCACAAGCACCACCACCGCCAACACGUUCUCUCCAUGCAUUGAAUAUUCGGGAUAUUCAGACACCGAGAGCGAUAUGAAGGGGGGCUCGAGGGCUGUUGUGAGAGGCUUCGGGAGGAUGGACGGAGAGAGUAUUGCGGUGGAGAAAGAUUCCGACGACCCCUAUUUGGAUUUCCGGCAGUCAAUGCUCCAGAUGAUAUUGGAGAAUGAGAUAUACUCCAAGGACGAUCUCCGGGAGCUUCUCAACUGUUUUCUGCAACUCAACUCACCCUACCACCAUGGAAUCAUUGUCAGAGCUUUCACUGAGAUAUGGAACGGGGUGUUUUCUGUGAGGUCCAGCUCGCCUAAGCUAAAUUUUGGGUUCAAGUCACGUGACUUCUAGCUCUAGGCUAUAUGCACGUGCUAUUACAAGUCACGUGACUUCUAUGGCUAAUGGAUGAUGCAAUCUCUUGUAAUGUGGAUGUAUCAUGUAUUUGCAGAAUGUAUAAAAACCAGAAGGAUGGUCAUGGGAGUCUAAUAAAUGGCAGAAAUUGCAGAACUUCUCCUUCUUCUUUUUUUUCUUUUUUUUCUUUUUUCUCUUCUGUUUAGUAUUUUCUUUUUAAGUAGAAUUUGCUUGUUGUCUUGAUGUCUUUUUUGGGUGCUCCCCAUUGCAAAUUUUUUUGGUCAUUGAACCAAAUUGGCAUUGCAGAGCAUCCACUGUUAUGGAGCCUAAUUCUAACUUCAAUGGGGUCUCUAAGAGGUGAGAGGAGAAUCAAAACUCUUCACCAGGUUUCAAGAGGUGAGAGGAGAAUCAGUGGUGGGAAAAGAUAGGCAUUGGGAAUUGAAGUAUAAUAAUUAGAUUGAUGUAAGUGGUGUGGGACAGUUGUUUAAACCAGAGAAUAGAAGAAAUUUUCUGUC